AGUUAGCUUUUCAAAAACGCUGUUAUCAGCAAAUUCGGAUGAGAGGCCCCACCCACGGCAACCAGCAACGGCGAUUGGUUGGCUCUGUGUUCAGUGGAGGUCACUGUUCCUUGUUCCUGACACAGAGACCUGUCUUCACAAUGGGGAAGCUACUGAUAGUUGCGAUUUUCGCAGUCCUACUGUCUGCGGUCGCGUACAGGCUUUUAGAUUUGUGCAAUAGUUUGGGCGUAUUCAGGAAACUGCAUCCAGUCAAGCCUGGCAAUUGCUAUUUGAUCAAAGGAAUUGAGUAUGGUUCUGAAGACAUCAGCAUUCUUCCUGGAGGGCUGGCCCUUAUCAGCUCGGGUCUGAGACAUCCAUUGAUGCCUAAUUUUGCUUACGAUCGACCAGGCCAGAUUCUCCUUGUGGAUCUAAACCAACCGGUCCUGAAAGCUGUUGCACCGAGAAUCAGUCGUGGAUUUGAUGUGGAAUCCUUUAAUCCACAUGGGUUGAGUACAUAUAUAGAUGAGGAUGAUACUGUAUAUGUUUUUGUUGUGAACCAUCCACAGAAUAUGACCACAGUGGAAAUUUUCAAGUUUGAAGAGGAACAAAAUAGUUUGAUUCAUUUAGAGACCAUCCAACAUGAACUUUUACACAGUGUGAAUGAUAUUGUUGCAUUAAGCUCUGAUCGAUUCUAUGCCACCAAUGACCAUUAUUUCGUUCAGGAACCCUUAAAGACCUUUGGGUUUCUCUUCGGCUUGCCAUGGUGCAAUGUUAUUUACUACAGUCCUUCUGAAGUAAAAGAAGUGGCAACAGGAUUUAGACUUGCCAAUGGGAUUAACAUUUCCCCUGAUGGAAGAUAUAUCUAUAUUGCAGAUAGUUCUGCCCAGAACAUCCAUAUUAUGGAAAUAAAUCUGAAUAAUACUCUGAUUCCAGUGAAGACUUUGCAUUUGGAAACUUUACCAGACAAUCUGGAGGUGGACCCCAAGACUGGAGAUGUGUGGGUUGGUUGCUGUCCCAAUUGCUGGAAAAUGUUUGUUUACGAUCCUGAAAAUGGCCUAGGAUCUGAGGUAAUCAAAAUUGAAAACAUUCUAUCUGAGGAACCAAAAGUGACUCAAGUGUAUCUGAACAAUGACUCUGUUCUCCAAGGCUCAUCAGUUGCCAUUGCUUAUGAAGAAAAAUUGCUUAUUGGCACAAUCUUCCACAAAGCACUUUAUUGUGAACUCGGUAGUUCAUUACUAUGAGUUGAUACGUGCUUUCAUAGCUAGGAAUGUUCUAUCCGUUCAGGCAGUGAAUAAAACAUUUGUAAUACUUCCCUUUCUUUAGAGUAUGACAUUUAUGCCAAUGGUAAUGGUUUCAUUUUGCGUCUAACAUGGCAAUAAAUUGGGAUUUAAUUUUUUUUUGUAAAGUA